CGGUCAUUUAGUGGAAAGACGCAUGACGUCACACAUCCCAUGCGUUGCACAUCUCGAUCCCUUCAGUUUUCCCUCAGAGUGGAGGUUGGUCCGGAUCAAACAGCGUAAUUACUCUGUGGUUUCACCUGCUCUGCAUGGAGGGAUUAUUUAUUUUUAUUUAUUUGUUUUUUUCAAAUGUUGGGAUACAAUUUAUAUUGAUGGACAAAACUAACUUUCUCCACACCUUGGUUAAGUUCUACUGAUUGUUCAGUUUGCGGGCGGCCACUGACUGUUUUUUUUUUUUUUUUUUUUUUUUUUGCGCUGUGGUGUUUUAUUAAGUUUGGCCCCCCUCAUGCGCAACUCUAACAGCGCGCAUCGGCUGCUCAGACUCAGAGCGGUCGGAACAACAGCGGGGCGAAGUGGGAACAGUCAGUCAGCGCUGAUUCACGACUUAGGCUACUUGUUCUGAGGGUCUUUCAGGAAGAGAACGGCGGAUUCUCAAGGCGGUGGUUUUAUUCGAGCAUUUGGAUUGCCACUGUUGGAUCUAAAGAAUGUGUCGCUACCUCGGCUCACCUGAUCGGCAGCCAGAAGGAAAGUGGAUCAGUCCGACGAGUUCUUCUGGGAGUUUAUUUUAAUUCCAGCAACAGUUGACUAAAUCUUCAAAAAAGACAUUCAAGAAGCGCAAUGAUUUUAACUUUGGUAUUUAUUUUGUCCAUUUUGGAUUCGUUGUUCACCUUGAAAGGUGACGGCGGCUCAGCCUCCCGUGCUGUCCGUCUGGACUGCGUGAAGGCCAGCGAGCAAUGUCUGAAGGAGUACUCCUGCAGCACCAAGUACCGGAUGAUGAGGCAGUGCGUGGCGGGGAGGGAGAGCAACUUCAGCGCGGUCACCGGUCCCGAGGCGCAGGGCGAGUGCCGCAGCGCCAUAGAAGCCAUGAAGCAGAGCUCCCUGUACAACUGCAGGUGCAGGAGAGGCAUGAAGAAGGAGAAGAACUGCCUCAGGAUCUUUUGGAGCAUAUUUCAGAGUUUGCAAGGUAAUGAUUUACUGGAAUACUCUCCAUAUGAACCAGUCAAUAGCCGGCUCUCAGACAUCUUUCGCUUGGCUCCCAUCAUAGCUGGUAAGAGGCUGAA